UGGCUAGUGACGCCUCGAGAGGUCUCUACGGCGAGUCUUUCGCCCGUCAGAACGUCGUGUCGAACACGCUCCCCGGCAACCCGCCCGGGAACGCGUUGGGCGAUACUGGUCUGCACCUCGUGGUUAGAAGCCAGCUCGAGAAUAACAUGAUCUCCUCCGCCGAAGUUGAAACCAGAAGCUCCCAAUAUUACGGUACCUUCAGAGCGGGCAUCAAGAUCACCGAUGUGCCCGGAACAUGCACGUCCUUCUUUUGGUACAUGAAUGACACGCAAGAGAUCGACGUGGAGUUCCUCUCGUCGCAGUUCGGCAAGGACAACGGCACAUUCCCGGUCAGCCUCGUGCUGCGGGCGAGCACUCCGGGGGCAGCCUCCGCCGGGCCUGACAGGGCGAGGAAGACAGGCAGCGCCUUCAAGAAGGUGCACUUACCGUUCGACCCAACGGCGGACUUCCACGAGUACCGGUUCGACUUUUUGCCAGACGAGGUGCUAUUCUACGCCGACGCGACGCUACUCGCCGAGAUGAACCAGACCAGCGUGCCGCUGGGUCCCGGUCGCCUGCACAUCUCUCACUGGAGCAACGGCAACGUAGGCUGGUCCUCGUCCUCGCACAGCCCCCAGCUGCCCCCCGCCCCUCCAGCUACGGACGCCAUCACCACCGUCAGCUACGUCAAGGCCUACUUCAAUGCGUCGGCCGAGCCAAGCCCGGACGAUGAUCGCCAGGCGAGGUGCCGGGACCCCGCUGCCGCUUCAGCGGUCUGUGCUAUUCCCGUCAACAGCCCUGGAUUCUUCUUCGGCAGGCGGCGCUGAGGACAGGGGGCUCUCGACAGAGAGAAACGGGGCAACAGCUACAACGUGAGAGCGCGAUGGACACGGUGAAAGACGAUUUGCGAUUCGGGUCAGGAGGCGUUGGUAUUCAUUUCUGGGUUGUGGUAAGGGUUGUGUGCCUGUCGUCUCUAGGUAGGUAGAUGACAGGUCACCUAUCACAGUAGCAUUCUUUCCAGUCAGACGAAGUACACCCAAUUAUCGCUGGUGACCCCCUCUCUUGUUUUCUUUUUCUUUGGAGACCCAGACCGACACAUCUAGCGAGUAGGUCAGUUCCCCCGAGGAAGCGAGCCGAAGUGC